UGGGCAGUUGUCAUAGCGCCGCCGCCGCGCGGGGCGGAGGGGGAGGUUCGGUGCAGCCGCCCGCGCCGUCCCCUGCCCCUGCCCCUGCCCCUUCCCCUCCCCCUCGCCGGAGGGGCGGGCCCGGGCCGGGCGAUACCGGAGACACCCCUCCCGGGAGCGAGGGGCAGAGCAGUUACUAUGUGGGCAACCUGUUGUAACUGGUUUUGUCUGGAUGGACAACCUGAGGAGAUGCAGCAGCGGCCGCAGCAGGGUGCCAGACCCCAGGCAUAUGCCAACCCAGGUUACAGCUCCUACCCUUCUCCGACAGGUUCUGAACAGAACUGCAAGGCGUGUGGGGUGCACUUUGAAAAUUCCUCCAGGAAGCACAUCUGCUUUGACUGUAAAAAGAAUUUUUGCACUUCCUGUUCAAGCCAGCCUGAAAGCAGUCCCCUUCUCUGCCAUCUCUGUCAGCGGUUCCAAGCCACAGCCUUUCAGCGGGAGGAGUUGAUAAAGAUGAAAGUGAAGGAUCUACGAGACUAUCUGGCACUACACGAGGUUUCCACAGAGUUGUGCCGUGAAAAGGAAGACCUGGUGUUUCUGAUUCUUGGGCAGCAGCCUGUAAUCACCCAGGAGGAUAGAAUACGAAUCCCGCCAUUAAACCCUGGCACAUCUGGACAGCAAAGCUUUGUUAUUCUGCCACAGACCAGCACAGCAUCUUCUACCUCACAUGAUGCCUCUCCAAUAUCUGCAGACUCCAUCUUGAGUCCAAUAACUCAGGAACAUCAACAGGCAAAUGGGCAUGUGCCUCCAAGCCCAGACGAUAUGACAGAAAUUGAGAAUGCAGCAGAAGCACCAACAGAGGAGGAGACACAGUCUGUUGACUCGGAGGAUAACCUGGUACAGGGGCGGAGGGCCUCUCUUUCUGACCUCACGAGUGUUGGAGACAUUGAUGCGCUCUCGGUGCGACAGCUGAAGGAAAUCCUGGCUCGCAACUUUGUCAACUAUAAAGGCUGCUGUGAGAAGUGGGAGCUGAUGGAGAGGGUGACCCGUCUUUAUAAAGAGAAAGACCUUCAGCAUCUGGUUUCUGACACGGAUGAUCAAAAUGUUUCCUCAGGCAGUGCUGGGCUCCCUAGCACUGAAGAGAAUCUCUGCAAAAUCUGCAUGGACUCACCAAUCGACUGUGUCCUGUUAGAAUGUGGCCACAUGGUCACCUGCACCAAGUGUGGAAAGCGUAUGAGUGAGUGUCCCAUAUGCAGGCAGUAUGUGAUCAGAGCUGUCCAUGUAUUUAAGUCCUGAGUGAGCAGGAGGAAGACCAGUGUUGCCUUAAAGCCUCAUUUGCUGUUAGAGAUGGUCAGAAUCUCUACAGGUAGGUCAGAGACUGGCACGUAGGACCUCACAAGAAACCCGAAGUUCAUAGGCGAGAUGAGGAAAGGAGAAAGCUUGGGGAAUUGUUCUGAUUGGAGCCAUUGAUGGCUGUGCCCUUCACACCACAGUGCUUUACCCUGCAGUGCCUAGACUCCGGGAGCCCGCUGUCAGCAGCAGACACAGAAAUAAUUAACAGCUUGCAUUCUGGGCUAGCUUGAUCAACUGCUGAUGGGGGGCAAAUCAUCACUCGGCUUUCCAAAACUAACACCAGAUUCUGAGGCGUAUUUCCUCCACAAUAAUAAAUAAGGUGGACUGCG